AUGGAUAUUCAAUAUGUUUAUACUAAAAAACGAAAUCAAUUUGGACGACCAACAAAUUUUAGUGAUCGACCUGCUGAGAUUAUUGCAGAAAUUGUACCAAAUUUUAAUUUAUUACAAGAAUUUAUCUAUCGAAAUCCAAUUGAUAUAGGUAUACAAAAUUCUAUUCCAUUAUCUGAACAUGAAAUUAAUACAAUACAUUAUAAUACAGAAUCUAAAGGUAUAAAUCAUACUGAAGGUGGUUGGCCAAAAGAUGUUAAUAUUCAAGAACAAGAACAAAUAAAUCGUUAUCGAAAAAAAAUUGAAAAAGAUGAAUUUUAUCUUAAUUCACUCUAUCAUCUUAUUCAAGAUCUUGAAAUAAGUAUUCAACAGAAUAAUGCAAUAAAUAUUCAUCAAACUUAUUUUCCAAAUAAAAUCGAUGAUUAUGAUGAAUUAUUCAAUGUUAAAACAAUUAAUUCAUAUAAUUAUUAUCAAAAUAUUAAUCAUAUGGCUAAUCAUAUAUCUUGGCAACCUGAUGGUCAACAAAAAAUGGCUGUUUCUUAUUGUAAUCUAGAUUUUAAUCCAAAUAGAAUACAGACAAUUGAUUCACUUGUUUGGGAUAUUGAAAAUCCAAAUAAACCUGAUUUUAUUCUUAAACCAAAUUCUUCAUUAACAACCGUUGAAUUUAAUCCAAAAGAUACAAAUCAAAUAUUAGCUGGUUGUCACAAUGGUCAAAUUUGUAUAUUUGAUUUACGUAAAGGAAAUCAUGCAGUUGAACAAUCAUUAAUUGAAUUUAGUCAUCGUGAAUCAGUUCGAAAUGCUUUAUGGUUGCAAUCAAAAACUGGUACUGAAUUUUUUUCAGCUUCUUCAGAUGGAAAAAUCUAUUGGUGGGAUACAAAAAAAAUGAAUGAACCAGUAGAUCAAUUAAUUCUUGAUUUGGAUAAAAAAGAACGAUCACAAUAUGCAUCAGCUAUUACUAAACUUGAAUAUGAUUCAAGUAUUCCAACAAAAUUUAUGGUAGGAACAGAAACAGGUCGUAUUGUUUUAUGUACACGUAAAGCGAAAAGUGAUUCAGAACGAAUCAAUAUUAUUUAUCCUGGUCAUUCUGGACCGAUUUAUUCUAUUCAACGACAUCCUUUUUUUAAUAAAACAUUUUUAUCUGUUGGCGAUUGGACUUUACGUAUCUGGUCAGAAGAAAUACGAGAUGAUUAUAUUAUUUGUACAAAGCCAGAUAAAUAUUAUUUAACUGAUGCACAAUGGUCUCCCGGAAGGCCGGGUGUUUUUAUUUCAUCAACAACUGAAGGAUCGAUUCACAUCUGGGAUUUAUUAUUCAAACAAGAUGAACCGACAUUAACUGUUAAAUUAAGUGAAGAAGCAAUUACCUGUUUAAGUUUUCAAGAUCAAGGUCGUUAUAUAGCAUGUGGUACAAAAGAUGGUAAUGUUACAUUAAUUGAAUUAUCUGAUAGUCUUUGUAUUCUUGAACGAAAUGAAAAACAACUUGUUGCUUCAAUGUUCGAUCGAGAAACACGACGAACUCAUUUACUUGAAACACGAUUGCGUUUAAAACAUGAUAAACAAAUUCGAACUAUAAUCAAUCGUUCAGAAGAAGAAUUAAAAGAAGAAAUUGAAAAAUCAACUGAACAAUUUUGGUCAAUAAUAACGAAAGAAAAAAUUCAACUUGAAAAUAAAUAA